AUGUCUGUCGCUGACCGCAUCGUCAGCUACUUCGCACCGGCCAAUAUUAACACGCGAACGAUUAAGGGAGAGCUGGAGGUUUCCAGCCCGACGGCGGCGGCUUCGUUUGCGGAGGAUAGCCAUGCGGUGCAGACGGGUGGACUUUUGCCGGAUAUCAGAAUUAGCGGACAGUCCUUUGGCCAGGACAUGGGUCAACAAGAUGAGGCUCUCGAAGAUGAGGGCCGCCCCCCUUACCUCCACGCCAUGAUUGCGGGAGGUGUCGGAGGCUCAACGGGAGACAUGCUUAUGCACUCCCUGGAUACUGUCAAGACGCGCCAGCAAGGCGACCCGCACAUACCACCAAAAUACACGUCCCUCGGAUCAUCAUACUACACGAUAUGGAGGCAAGAGGGUAUUAGACGAGGUCUCUACGGUGGAUGGGUGCCUGCGCUGAGCGGCUCACUUCCGGGCACCAUGUUGUUUUUCGGCACAUACGAAUGGAGCAAACGAUUCCUUAUCGACCAUGGUCUGCAGCAUCACCUGGCAUAUCUCUCAGCUGGUUUGCUGGGAGACUUGGCUGGCUCCGUCGUCUACGUGCCAUCUGAGGUCCUCAAGACUCGAAUGCAAUUGCAGGGGCGGUACAAUAACCCUUACUUCAAGUCAGGAUACAAUUACAGGGGAACGAUUGACGCGGCGAGAACCAUUGUCCGCCAUGAGGGUCCUUCUGCGCUCUUUUAUGGCUACCAGGCGACACUUUACCGUGAUUUACCCUUUUCAGCGCUCCAGUUCAUGUUUUGGGAGCAGUUCCACGCCUGGGCUCGUCUGUACAAACAGAGCAGAGAUAUUGGCGUGCCUUUGGAGCUGUUGACCGGUGGUCUGGCCGGUAGCUUGGCCGGUGUUAUGACAUGUCCUCUGGACGUGGUGAAGACCAGAUUACAGACUCAAGUGCACCCUGAUCUCCUGCCUAAGGAGAACAAGUCGGCAGCCAAGGGCGCCGCGCAUGUAUCCACAGCAAAAUCUCAGACGCGCAACAUCUCGACGUCAUCACCGUCGACACACACACCGCGUCCAGGAGCGGUGAAUCUACAGACCUCCUCCGUCAUCACCGGCCUCAGGGUCAUAUACCAGACGGAGGGCGUCAGUGGAUGGUUCAGGGGAGUAGGACCUCGUGGUGUGUGGACUUUCAUCCAGAGCGGCACUAUGCUGUUCUUGUACCAACGUAUCUACAAGCCCAGGCAUACGGAAUUCGUGCACUACAAGGAGGGAGCCGCUCCAAUGGCUUCCGAUUCAGGCACACCACCUCCUCCUCGGGAGGCGACACCUAUCGGCUCUCUGCCUGCUUCGACCGCAAUCCCCUUGAAGCGACCCGCUCUCGAAGAAGACUUUGCGCCCUCGGUACCGUCUCCUCUCAAUCCAGAUGUCAGAUCUACCCCCAAACCACCGGGUGUGGAGGAGAUGCCAGCAAAACGCAGUAAGAAAGAGUCACUCAAGAAGCGCGAAUCGAAGGGUACCUUUGGAGGCGACAGCAACCGAGGCACUCCGGACCCUAAGCACAGGGAGCCGAAGCAGAGCGACUACAGCCCCAUGCGCUACAAAUUGGCGCCUCCAAAGGCUUCUGAUUUCGAGCCCGCCCGAGCUCCUGUCUUCAUUUACCAUCAUGAUGUCCUUGCGCUUGAUGGAGGCAAAAGUUACCACUACACACACUGUAUCGCAGAUCCUCAAUUUCCCUCGUCGCUCUACUAUCGCGGCACCGAGGCAGAACCCUUCGGCCCACACUUGGCUUUCGAGGAUAGCGCAACGCAUUUGUUUUUCGAUCAGACGGGCCGCCAUAUCACGACACAGAAGGGAUUCCGCAUGACCCGUGCCAAUGUUGCAAUCCGCGAAGGACGGUUCUACUGGGAGGUUAAAAUUACGAGAGGCAUGGUAAAUAAGAAAGAUGGGGAAGGGCAGGCCGAAUCGCAUGGUCAUGUGCGCAUGGGAUUUGCGAGGAGAGAGGCCUCAUUAGACGCCCCCGUUGGGUUCGAUGCUUACAGUUAUGGCUUUAGAGACGUCGGGGGCGAGAAGGUAUACAUGUCGCGGCCGAAGUCUUUCUUUCCGGAGGGAGAGGGCAUUCGCGAAGGGGAUGUCAUCGGUCUAGAAAUCCAGCUUCCUUCGGAACGGCUGCAGAGGAAGGUGCUGGCUGGUCAGUACAAUCCAGCCGUGGACACCGGCCUAGACGACGAUAGUACUGCCUUCGAAGCCCCUAAUAUCGUCCGAGACCGUAUUCCGAUCCGUUUCAAGUCGCACAUCUACUUCGAGAAGAUCGACUAUCACACCACGAAGGAGCUUGAGGACCUUAUGAACCCCUCCCCUGUCUCCUCUGGUCCAGCCAACUCGACCGAAGCGCCUCAUCCUAACCAUCCUGUACCCGCUCUCCGUACACUUCCCAACUCCCAUAUUAAGGUGUACAAGAACGGUGUCGACAUGGGCACAGCCUUCACCGACCUGCUUGCUUUCCUCCCCCCUGCCUCUAAGCCUCAAGCCAACAUUGGGGCCCGCGAAGGCCUCGAUAAUGGCAUGCUCGGCUACUACCCCGCGGUAAGCGUUUUUAGGGGCGGUGCUGCCGAAGUCAACUUUGGUCCUGACUUUUGGUACCCGCCCCCAGGCGUUGCGGAGGAGGCAGAUAACGACAUCGAUAUGAUUGACGGCGGGCAGGAAGAGCCGCUAAAGAAACCCGCAUACCCAGGCCUUGAUAAGAUCCGGCCCGUGUCAGAGCGCUACACGGAGCAGAUAGUGGAAGAUAUUGUCUACGACGUAAUCGACGAGGUCGACUUCUGGGUUCAAGACGGUUGCAAAAUCAUUGACCGGUUUGGACAAGGCGAGAAGGCCGGCCAAACUGGCAUCGCCCCAGGAGCACGAGACGAGAUCAAGGAACUGGUGCAGGAUGACUAG